AAGUUGACUCACUGGAAGAAAGUGAGAAACGGGAAAGAAUAAGGGGAAAGGAGCGCCAAAUUUCAAGGGCCAUCACGGGCUUUUCAAAAACCCUAGGUAGCGGCUGCACUCGGACGGUUGGAAACUGAGAAGAAGAAAUGGACUUUUCUCAGUCCGACUUCGAUCGCCUAUUAGUCGCCGAGCACACUCGAAAAACCUCUGAACUUAACUACGCCAAGGACCCUCUUGACGCGGAGAAUUUAACCAAAUGGGGAGGAGCAUUGCUCGAAUUAGCUCAAUUUCAGACUGUUUCAGAUGCAAAGAAGAUGAUAAAUGAUGCAAUUUCGAAAUUGGAUGAGGCUUUGAUGAUAAGUCCCUCCAAGCACGAAACUUUGUGGUGCAUGGGAAAUGCUCAUUCCACUUCCGCAUUUAUGACUACCAAUCUUGAUGAGGCAAAGGUUUCCUUUGAUAAGGCAGCUCAGUUUUUCCAAAGAGCAGUGGAUGCGGAUCCGGGCAAUGAGCUAUAUCAAAAGUCUUUAGAAGUUGCAGCUAAGGCUCCAGAGCUGCAUAUGGAGUUCCAGAAGGCUGCAGCUGGUCAACAGACUAUGGCUGGGUCGCCUUCUUCUUCCUCAACUGCAAAUGCUGGCAAGAAGAAGAAGAAGAGCAGUGAUUUAAAGUAUGACAUAUUUGGAUGGAUAAUCCUUGCUGUUGGAAUUGUUGCAUGGGUGGGAAUGGCGAAAUCCAAUGUUCCUCCACCUCCUCCAAGAUAAAAUGUUUGCUUCAAUAAUUCUUGAGGUAACCAUUCUGGUAAUUUUGGUGGAAGUUUAAUAUUUGUUCUUUAGAAGGUUCAACUGGUGCAAUGUAGUAAAUUGGAGCAAGCGGCUUGUUGUCAUAUUUUGAUUUUGUUAGUAUUUUCUUUUCCCUUGCUAUUAUUACAAUUUGAUUAGGAUGGUUAUCUUGGAUAUGAUUUUGAAUUUAAUCAUUGAAUAGAUAUAAUAAGUAUUUUGUUUUGUCUUUGC